AUGAAUUGUUGGAGGGAUAUCCACUGGAAACCGGUAAAAGAUGAGAAGUCCAGUCCAAGGUGUCCGCGAUUGGAUCAUCAACGAGUACAGCAUUGUGAAAGGCGAAAAAAGAGGGUUUUAGAACUUAAAUUACAAGCCAGCUAUGGAGAAGAUCUCACACUAGUUGAGGAUGACUUCUACAACCAACUGUAUAUCUUCAUGCGUAUCAAGAAGAACUUAUCGUUGAAUGGCUUUAUGCAACAGUUCAUACAGCACAUGGUUGAUGCAGGAUGUUUUGUUCAAGGAAUUCAAGGACAUGUUGCCAAAAACCACUGA